AUGGAAUUAAAUGUUUCGUCUCCAAAACCAGGUGGCCUUUCUGCUUCUGAUUUUGUUAGUGAUCCUGAGGAGAAGGAAGUCAGUGAUGAUGACGAUGAUGAUCGAAAUCACAAACAUCGUAGACGAGAUGCUCGUUCUCAGUCUUUGGAGAGAGAUACCCUUGAUCAAGAUAUAACAAGGCCAUACAGAAAAAGGAACAAACCUUUUGUAAAUGGGCACUCUUUCAGAGAUAAUGAUUCUCAAGCGAGUACACCAUCAAAGUAUUAUAAUUCCACUUCGUUUGAGAACUUUUCUGGAAAGUUUGAUAAAAGACGCCCAGGUUCAGCAUCACUGCCUCGAGCACCUUUCGAUUUAAAUCAAAGGAUGCGGGCAAACCAAGCAUUCCCUGGAGACCUUGGUCCUGGUAGGGGAAGAGGACGGGACUCUGCAUCAUGGAGCCAACGUGAUUCUAGGUUCAGCUCUGAUAUUACAUCUCAGCUGGUUCAGCAGGGAUCCCUUCCUCCGAGUAUGUUUGGAGGACGGGGAUUGCCAAAUGUUUCCAAUCCACAGAAUGCGUCCUGGAAUGCAUUUGGAUUACUUCCAGGAGUACCAAACGGUGGCCUGGAUACACUGCAUUCAAUUGGGUUGCAAGGUACACUCAGACCACCAAUCCGUUCUUCUUUAAAUUUGGGCAUCCCUCGCCAAAGAUGUAGAGACUUUGAGGAGCGUGGGUUUUGUCUAAGAGGGGACAUGUGUCCAAUGGAACAUGGAGUCAAUCGGAUUGUUGUUGAAGAUGUGCAGAGUCUUUCCCAGUUCAAUCUUCCUGUUUCACUUCCAAGCGCACACCUACUUGGAAAACCCACUGGUCCUGGACCUCUACCAUCAGUCAGUGCAUCUUCAACUACAUUGAUGAAUAACAAAGGAUUGCAUAGCAAAGCGAGCAAGUCUAGUGUCACUGAUGAUACUUCUUUGGGUGGAACUGACUUGUAUGACCCUGAUCAACCCCUGUGGAACAAUAAUGGUCCUGAAACCUCAAAUGCAAUUCUAGGCCUUCAGUCACCUAGGAAUGAUGAAACUGACUCCUUAUCAAAUGAUGAUCCUUCUGACCGUCAUCAAGCUAGAUUGUGUGAUAACGCAGACAAUGAAUACCCAAUUAGAACUGUUGGUACUGCUGCGGGUUCACAGAGUACAAGUGUGUCAGUCUGGGGCAGAAUUGGUAGCUCAAAAAACAGACCAGACGUGAAGGAGAAAAUUGACCCUACAAUAAACUAUUCAGAUAAUCCUGAGAAUGUAACCGAGUCACAAAUCAACAUUCAUCAGCAACAUCAAGGAAAGCGUAGCAUUGCAGAGGAUACAAACUCCAAAACCCUAAACUCGUUAGCCAAGAGACCGUAUGAUACUAUGCGUACUGUUCGGAAACCAUCUCAGAAAGCAUUACGUACUCUAUUUGUCAACGGUAUUCCUCAGAAAAGCAACAGAAGGGAGGCUCUUGUUUCUCAUUUUCAAAAAUUUGGAGAGAUUUUGGACAUUCAUAUUCCAUCAAAUAGUGAGCGAGCUUUUGUCCAGUUUUCCAAGAGAGAAGAGGCUGAAGCUGCUUUAAAGGCACCUGAUGCUGUAAUGGGUAAUCGUUUUAUCAAGUUGUGGUGGGCAAAUCGUGAUAGCAUUCCAGAGGAUGGCCCUGGCAAGGCUAGUAUGGUUUCUGAAAGUUCCCCUGGUUUGACAGCUGUUUCAGUUCCACUCCAUUCAUCUGGUUCUAGUUUUAGCAAGGAUAAUCAACAAUCUUCUUCAAAGGGUAGUAUUGUUCAUGCAUCUGAUGCUUCUGUACCAUCCUUUGAUAACUCUAAGCCUGUAAUCUCAAAUGGUCCCAAGGCUCCACCUCUGCAGAAAAAGCUAGAAAAUUUAGAGCAGUUAAAGGAGGAACUUCGCAAGAAGCAGGAAAUGCUGGACCAGAAACGGAAUGACUUUCGUCGCCAGUUGUACAAGCUUGAGAAACAAGGCGGACCAAAGGGUGAGGCAGACACAGAGCUAGCUGCCAAGAGACGCAAAGUGGGAUUAGCAGCUGACGCUGAUAAAGUUGCUACUCCGAGUUCCUCCAGUCCUACUCCUACUCCUGUGUCAGCACUGGCUGAUGAGAUGUUGACUGACAAGAACCAAUCCGGGGAUACCGUCGUCUCCCAUAGUCCUAAAGCAAGUACAGCUAUGACUCUACAGCAAUCUCCUACCUUGAAGCAUCAGAUGAUUCGUCCAUCAGUACCACUAGGGACUCCUGUUCCACUGAAUAGAUACAAAUUAGACAAUCGUCCUACUGGAUUUAGAAUUCUCCCUCCUUUACCAUCUGGAUUUGCAAAUGUUACUGUUAUCAAGGAACACUUUGUACCAUGUGGUGAUAUUUCUAAUGUGGAAUUAGAAGAUCUGGAAUCUCGUGAUAGUAGUAGUGAGUUGGACAUAUCAAAGAAAUGCUCAGCUCGUAUAACUUUUGCAACACGGCGUUCAGCAGAGAAAGCAUUUCUCAAUGGUAAAUGCUGGGAAGGGUGUGACUUAAAAUUUGUGUGGUUGACAUCUAGUAACUCCAGCAAUGGUGGUGAAAAAUCUCCAUCCACCACUCCUAGGGCGGCAUUAUCUGCUGAUAUUCAGCCUGCAGAUAAACUAGCAAGCACUACUUCCCAGGAUACAUCUGCAUCAGGCGAUGCAGAAUCUGAACAGUCUGAAAGAAAAGAUGGUGAUGAGCACAUGAAACUGGGUGAACCUUCCAUGCCUAGUUCAAGCCCUACGUCUUGGGUGAAAGAGUCAUCGAAAGGCGAUGCAACUUAAAGAUGGGCUAAUUUUCAGCUUUUGUACAGUCAGGUAAUUGUUAAAUCUAAGAGAACUCUAAUUUUGAAGGAAACCUGCUUUACCAAUUGCUUAAAUUUUUAGUUUCCAGUGUUUCUUAUUUUACGCAAAGGACUGUAAAAAGGGAAUUGUCCUUAUUUUUGACUGCCAACCUGAGGUUGGUUGAGUGGUGUAUCCUGUUAGUCUUUCUGCUUAGAUAUGUCUAGAAACAAAGCAUAAAGACUGAAAAUUCUGUUGAAAUUAUUUAGAUGAUUUACAUAGAAAAUAUUUGGGAUUUGAUUCCUGUUC